AUCUCUGCACGGUCCCAUCAUGCUUGCAGAUCAUAGCCGUCUCCCUGCAGAUGGAGCUCUGCUCAGCCAGCCCCCCAAAACUGGAUUCAGCUGCAAAGUGGUGCUUCAGGCAGUUGGCAGAGUACUCAGAAAGUCUAAAGCGAAGCCCAACGGGAAGAAGCCUGCUGCAGAAGAGAAGAAGAUGUACCUGGAGCCAGAGUACACCAAGUCCAGAAUCACUGACUUCGAGUUCAAGGAGCUGCCACCACAUUUUUCCAUCACGUCAACCUUCAGUAUAGCACCAUCUCAGAAUUCUGCACAGGAGAGGCGUGCCAGACGAUGGCUGUGUGUAACACGCCCUGGGCUGGCAGGGAUACAGGAAGCAGAGCCACUAGGGAAGGAUACCUGGUGUGUGAGUCCCACUGGGGCCCAGGGCUCCCAGAGCCACCAGCGAGGGAGCAGGGGCGUUUCCACACAAACCACCCCGAGGCUGGACGUCCUUCUCUGCAUCAGUUUGAUCCGGUCAAGUAACAGAGGCCUGCUUCGCUCCGGGGAGGGUGGGGGGCGGGUGCCAGGGGUCAGGUGGAGGUGCACUGGCUGGCUUUGUGGGGCUGGUACGCCUUCUUAGGGACUUCCCCACAAGCCUGGUGCCUGGUUGCUCUCUUCUAGAAGGAAGCUCAGGUACAUUCACUUCCUCAGGUAGCUUGUGUCCCUGGGCAUCCUGCUGGCUUCGUGUCAGCUCUUGAGUUGGGUAUGUGUAGUACAGCUGCCAUGUCAGUCUCAGUACCAGCCCUGAGGAGCAGAGGACAGGAGGUGGGUCAGCCAGAGCUCAGACUGAGGAGGAGGCACAGAAGUUCCUUUCUGACACCUCCCUUUCCUCAUCAGGGACAGAUACAAAAAUGUGUGAACCACUAGCCUCUGCUAGUGAAUAUGCACUUGUGCCUGCUGCCCUGAGUUCCACCAGCCCGUAGGCACUGCUGGCCAGGCUCCCCCACAGACCUAGCUCAGAAUCAGACAGGCUGGACUCCACUUUCAGUGGGGGUUGGGCCUUGUGAAAGCAAAUGCAAACCACAGCUGGCUCUCCACUCCUUCACCCAGGAAAAUGGAAUGCUCAGGUGACACACACAUGCCCAGCUGUCCACAGCCAGGCAUGGCCUAGGGGAGGAUGGGCAGGGCUGCACAGAAGCUUGAAGUGAGCUUGGGGCAGGAGGGUAUCAGCGUGGGACAGAAGUGUCCUCUGUAGGGCACACACAGUACAGAUCCUGGAGGUGGGCGGGGACGGCUCUUUAAAGCCACGUGUGUAGCAUGCUCUAGAGGACGCGUGCCAGCUGUGAGCCCAGCCAGGCAGUGUCAGAGGUAGGCUGCAGGGCAGGUAUGCAAGGAAGUCCAGGUUCUCAGCAUCUCCACUCCCAAGUACCCUUCAGUAUCAAUGUGUUUGCAAAGAAGUUCCUUGAAAGAGCAUAGGGUUUGGUGUGGGCCAGACGUACUUCUAGAUGUUGGCUCUGCUGUGUAAAAUUUGGAGAUCUGGGGAAACCCUCUGUUCUCUCCUCUCCUCACCUGUAACCUAUUUCAUAGGCUGUCCUAGAUUUACAGGAAUUGAUGUGCAUGUAAUGCCUUCCUUGGAAUCACUUGAGAUUAAGGGAUGGAAACUCAUGCAAAUUAGUUCAAGAGAAAAAGGGAAGAUUGGAAGAAGUCCACAGAGCCACUUAUCCCAGGACUAGCAAGUCUGUCUGGGACCUCGAGUGGGUUAAGGCCCAGGCCUGAGGCCCAUCUCCACCCUGCUGGUGCCAGUAGGACAGAAAACAAGGGUGAUGUUGGAGUCCCAAAAGUUGAGGGGAAAAGGCUGUGCUAAAAACAUAUUUGAGGAAAAAAUGGCUAAAAACUUACCAAGCUUGGCGAAGACAAAAACCUACAGAUUCAAGAAGCUAAAUGAACUUCAAAAAGGAUAAACCCAGGGACCCCACAUACAGACACAUCAUAAUCAGCCUGCUGGAAAGAAAAGGUCCUCUUCACAGAGCCAGGGGCGCAGCACACUGCUAGGGUGACCACGGCUCUCAGUAGAAGUGGGGUAGAAGGAAGCUCCACACCCUCUCUGAAGUGCUGAAAGCAGAGACCAGUCACCUCAGACGGAGUUCUCCUUCCAGCCAAUGUGUCCUCCUGGAGAGAAGGUGGGACGGAGACAGUCUCAGAGGCAGGAAGACCAAGAACAUUCGCAGCCAGCAGACCCGCUCCGAGAGGCCACUGCAGGGCGUCUCAGAGGGAGGUGAGGCUGAAGGACACCCGGGCUGGCACGAGGAAGGAAGGGACCUCUCCGCCCGAGCUCUCUGAGGCAUGUUUGUUGGGCAGUCAAAACCAGGGCCCUGUGGGGUGGACUUGCGGUGUGUGUAGAUGGGUACCUGAGACAGGGGUGGGCAAAGGGUCAUCUUGCAGAGAGACUUCCUGUGUUCAUGCAUGGUACCAGAUAUAGCAUGGGAAGUUCAGUAUCUGUUUUAUAACCUUUCCAGCAACCUCUAAAAAAGUUGUAUAAAUGAUACCAUCAAAAACAUAAUAGGUAAAAGGAAAUACUAAAAAACUCAAAAGAAGGCAGGAAAGAGGGGAUAUGAGGAAUGAGAAAGGGAACAAAUAGUAAGUAAAUAAUGGUAAACCUAAAUGCAAACACAUAGUCCCUCUAGUAAAUGUCAGGGGUGCAGAUGCACCAAUUAGAAGACAGAGAUUAUAAGCACAGAUUAUUAAUGAGCCAACUAUACAAAGUCUACAAGAAACUUACUUUUUUUGGUCAGUAAAUUCAGUAUAUUCUUUUUAAUUUAAAUAAUUUUUAUAUUGAGGUACAUAAAAUAAAAUGUGCAAAUCUUAGUGUACAGCUCAAUAACUUUUGACCUGUAUGUACACUCAUGUAGCCAUUGCCAUUGUCCAGAACCAGAUAUUAAAUGUUCUCACUGAUUUUGUUCCCUCUUCAUCUAUUUCACCCAUCCCACAACCCCAGAAACUCACUUUAAAUGCAGUGCCAUGGGUUAAAAGUAAAAGGGUGCAAAAAGAUACCCCAACACAGUAGAUGAAUGGAUAAAGAAGAUGUGGUACAUUUACACCAUGGAAUAUUAUUCAGCCAUAAGAAGAACACAAAUCCUACCAUUUGCAACAACAUGGAUGGAGCU